AUGGCGUCCUCCCCCCACCAUCCCGGCAGCCGUAGCGUGGCGUCAUCGACCUCAGCAGGCCGAGACUCACCGUCGCAACCUCCGUACCCCCCCUACGCUUCCGCUUCCGCUUCCGCCUCCGCCACCGACAGCAUACCGGUCGAGACGCUGGUAGAAUACCUCCUCGCAGCGAAGCGCUCCCUCUCCUCCAUGCAGCAUGUGCUCCGCGCCAACGACCUGGCGACGGGGGCUCGGCGGUCGCACGAACAAGCCGCUCUCCUGUGUGCCCAAACCCAGUUCGUACGACGCGCCAUGGUGAAGCAGAUGGGUGUCCUGAUGCGCAUCCGCCGCGGGUUGAAACGGACCUACGACGCCGGGAAACGCGACUUUGGCUCUGUGGUCAAAACCAUGGACACCGCCAACGAGAGGUUGCAGGCCACAAUGGAAAUGCUCCGUAACACGCACGUCGAGGCGGUCUUUCGCCCAGCCGGGGAAGAACCCAGGAAUCUGAUGGAUUUUGUCGACGAGCGGAGCGUGUAUGACAUGGUGGAAGCUCUCAAGACAUGCCUCGGUGAAUUACAGGCCAUCCAGACAUCGUUUGACGGUGAUCUGCUCCGCUUCGACGACGACCUCCGCGUGCUGAAAAAGUUCAUCGUCUCAUCGCCCCUCCCUUCCUCCGACGCCGCCUCGACUCCGCACCACCCCAUCCCAGAACUUUUCAUGUCCCUCGUCGAACACUCCCAUAGCAUGGCCGAACUCCUCACAUCCUUGACCCAGCACUUCGAUCUCUGCGUCACGGCCGUGCGGACCACGGAAGGCGGCGCAGACCUCGCCCGUCGCAGAGCGGCCGAGGUGACAACAACACACGGGGGCGCUACGGGCGGCGGCGGCGGUGGCGGUGCUGGCACCGGGGACGGCGGCGAUGUCGUAUCCAUAUCCGGCGUCAUUGCGGACCAAGAAACCCACAUGUCCAACCUGGAACCGAUCACGUCGCAGGACAGGGCCGAUAUGCUGUCGGUGGUGGUCAGCGACGCGGCCGAGGUGGACGGCGUGGUUCGGGAAAUCGGCGAACGCCUGCGCGCCGCGGAGGCCGAUUUCGCCGCCCUGGAGGAGCAGACGUCACGCGUCAGGGCGGUGUACCUGGGCACGGUCAAAGCGCUCCGGGCGCUGGAGGACGUGGGCGCGCGCCUGGCGAGCUACGUGGCUGCGGAGGCCGAGUUCCUGCAGCGGUGGGCGUACGAGCGGCAGAACAUCCAGGACAAGCUGAUAGAGAUGGAUCAGCUCCGGGACUUCUAUGAGCGCUACGCCGGGGCCUACGACAGCUUGCUACUCGAGGUGGAGAGGCGGCGGCGGGUGGAGGACAAGGUCCAGCAUAUCUGGCGCAAGGCUAAGGAGAGCGUGGACAAGCUGGUGGAAGCCGACCGACGGGAGCGAGAAGGCUUCCGGCAAGACGUCGGCGAGUACGUCCCGACGGAUUUAUGGCCCGGUAUGGGCGCGGGAAUGAAAUCCUGGGAGCUCGUCCUGACGACGCAGGGGGUCGCCGGUCCUGACGAGGGAGAAGGAGGAGUGCAGAAAAGCACACCAGCCCUCGACAGGCGAGUGACUGACGCCGCCCGAGACAGGUUGGGACGAAGGCAGCGAUGA